AUGAAGCAGGGUUGGCAAGAGAAGCUUUCUGGGCUCAAGGUUGCUCAGUUCCCGUGGGACCCCCAGCCUGAGCCUCCGCGCCAGCCCCCAACGGUGCCGUCCAACGUGAAGCCCGAGCAUGAGUUGCUCCCACCCGUCUCGGCGCCUCAGGAUGGCAAUGCCAACUACCCCGGUGCACCUAUCAAGAGUGAGCGAGCCUAUGAGCCUCCCCUCUCGUCGUACCCGCAAGCUGCCAAUGGCGGCUACGCAGGUGGCUUCAACGGCGAAAUCGCCCAACAGCGAGCCCACGCCCUCGUUGCGCAGCGCAUGCACCAGCAGCAGACCCAGCCGCAGCAACAGCAGCAUGGCGGCCCUAUCAGCAUGCAACAGCAACAGCAACAAUAUCAGUAUCAGCAGCAGCAGCGGAUGCACGCUGCCCAGCAGCAGCAACAAGCGCAGCAACAGCGCCCACCCCAGCCGAUGCAGCAGCGUCCGCCGCAGCCCAGCCCUCCCUACAACCCCUCGCAGACUGACGGUUCUGGUGACGCACGAGAGGACUGGAAGGCUUUGGUGGCUGAUAGACGGGCAGUGAGCGUUGAAGACCGCGUUGAAGCAGACCAGCUGAUGCGUGCUCGGUUGGACGCUCUCGCAUCCCGUCAGGACAGCGGAUUGAUGAUGCCUCUCAACCAAAUGCCGAAGGGCAGGAGGCGCAAGGCUGCAGUUCGAGUGCUCCAGGAGCAAGAUGCCACCAAGGCUUCGUCGAGUGCAGCAGCCCCUGUCCCAGGACCUGCUCGCUGCGACGGCGAGGAUAAUAAGGAGGAAGAGCACGAUUCGGAUGCUAUCAACUCCGACUUGGAUGACCCCGAGGAUGAUGAUAACAAUGGCGACGACAGCGACGACGAGACGAUGGACUACAUGCUGUGCACGUAUGACAAGGUGCAGCGCGUCAAGAACAAGUGGAAGUGUACCCUGAAGGACGGCAUUCUGACUACGAACAAGCGAGAAUACCUCUUCCAUAAGGCCAAUGGCGAGUUCGAGUGGUGA